CGCGCGAAACCAGACACGGCCGCCGAUCGAGGCGGACCGCAUCGCCUUCCGUGCCGCCGAUCGCGCUGCCGAAGCAUGAGACCAAGAUGCGCCGCUGGCGUUUCGGUUCUGUCGGUGCUUCGACUAGCCGGCGCCUCGCUGCUCAUCGCGCUGCUGGUGCUCGAGUGCCAGUGCGGCGAAGCUCAGCUAGACCGGCGGUAUCGUCAGCGCUCGUGGGCAGGCGUGACAAGGAAGGACCGGGAGGAGUUGCCCCUGUACCUGACGCCGUACGUGGUGCAAGGAAGGGUACGCGAUGCCCGCGAACGCAGCCGCGUGGGCACCAUCGACGGCUCGCCGGACAUCGAGAGCUACGCGGGCUUUCUGACGGUGCGCGAGCAUCAAUUCAACCACCUGUUCUUCUGGUUCUUCCCGGCCAUUAAGAAGCAUUCGGGAAGUGCGGCUCCGCUAGUGCUGUGGCUUCAGGGCGGACCAGGCGUGCCCUCUAUGAUGGGGGCGCUGGUGGAGCACGGUCCCCUGCGCGCCGUCGCCGACGGCACGGCCACCUUCCGGGCGCACACGUGGGCCCAGGAGGCGUCGGUGGUGUACGUGGACCAGCCCGUGGGCACGGGCUUCAGCCACUCGCACGACGGCGUCGACGAGCACUGGUACUGCGCCAACGCUUCGGACGCGGCCGCCGACCUCUACGAGUUCAUGGGCCAGUUCUGCGUCAUCUUUGCUGCCGAGUGCCACCACGCGGACUUCUUCAUAGCCGCCGAGAGUUACGCAGCCAAGUUCGCGCUCGCACUGGCGACCAUGAUGAACAUGAUGCGGGACGAAGACUCCCUGCCGCGGCUCAAGGGCCUCGUCCUGGCCAGCCCGUUCGUGGACCCGGAGAACCAGCUGGACAACAGCGAGCUGCUGCACCAGACCGGGUUCCUGACGGACGUCCAGGCGGCGCUGCUCUGGGAGCAGUACAACCGGGUGGCGCGCCUCAUCCGCCGGGGGAACUACACGGCCGCCAAGGACCUCCUGGAGGACAUCAUAGACGGCAACCCAACCGUAUCGACGACGCUGUUCGGCAACUUGACGGGCCUGCGGCAGGCGUACGACCUGGACCUCACGUACCCUCCGGCCAUCUUCACCGUCUACGAGGAGUUCGUGGAACGGGCCGAGGUGCGUCGCGCCCUGCACGUGGGCCGCCGGCUGGUGUUCAUGGCCGCCGGCGACGCCGUCACGCACAGCAUGUACGCCGACAUUCUGGUCUCGUACAAGCACCAGCUGGCCGACCUCCUCGACCAGGACCUCAAGGUGCUGGUGUACGGGGGCCAAAAGGACCUGAUUACUCCCUUCAGUUCCGUGGAGCGUUUCAUGAAGACGCUGAACUGGAAAGGCCAAAUGGAGUACGCCACCACGCCGAGGCUGCCCUGGCGACUGGGCACGGACCAAGUGCUGGGCUAUUACCGCCACGUGCAUAACUACACCGAGGUGCUGGUGAGGGGAGCUGGCCACGUGACAGCUUUCGACAAGCCCAAGGAAGUGUUGGCGCUCGUCACCAGGUUCAUCUACGGCGCACCGAUCGACGAUGCACGCUGAUCGCGUCGCCGAAUAAACUGGGUCGCCGGCUAUCAAAGCGCCACCUUCGGUUUUGCGACGAGUAAGACGAAGUUUAUAGCCGCACUGGUCUCGGCUGGCUCGUGCCCAGCAAUUUGUAGAAAUCAACUUCACAGUUCCUGUAAAACACGCGCGACGUGACGUCGCGAGAUCGCGUUCGACUGCGGGUCACCGAUGUCGGUAGUGCAUGCUUCGGUAUAUCGACCCUUGCAUGUUGUGACAACAGUCAGGGUCGGUCAUUUUCUGGGCUGUCACAUUCAGUGCGCGAUGACUGGCUUCAAACAGAUGCCACAAGAAGAAUUGAUACACCUCUCACCUGCUGUACUUGAUGCUGCGCAAUCGGGCAUGAUGCAUGUAACGGUGCAACCGUCCAGGGAGCAUUUCUUGGUAGCUGGUCCUGUCGGCAUCUGUCUCCCAAUAGGCCGAUGGGCCAUUCACAAUUUAAUAAAGCUUUAUGG